AUGUCUCCAGCGUCAGCCAGCUUCAAGUUUCCAUUUUCAGACGACUCCAAGGAAAAUUCAUCGGCCGAGGCCUCAUCGGCUACAAGAAGCCGUUCGUCAAGCUUUGCCGAAGCUGCAACGCCCAGAAGCCAACUUUCCGUCUGUCGAACUCACAGCUCUGGUCUGCACGGUGACGACAAAAUGCACAAAGAAUCCGGUUCACCACUUUCACAGAAAUCCUCGUCCAUCGUACAUCUUCCGGACAAAUCGGACAAAGGUACGAACUUCCAUGGUCCUUUUUGUGGCCCGUCCACUGCGCUGCGCUUUGUGUUCCGAUUUUCGGUAAUUGUGGGAAUGACCUCCUUUCUGAGGUUGAGGCCAGCGGUUAAGAGUGCGUCGACGAAAAGCUCAAAGAACGGGGUGUCUCCGCUAAGGGCGCAACUCUCCAAGGACAGGCCCACAUCAAGCAGUGUCAACGGUAACCAUACCGGACAAGGCAAGCUCCGCACCCCUGGUCUCGUCGUCUCUCUGUCCUCACCGCCGCUCAAAUACUGCUCAUCCGGAAGACCUGGGCACAUGCACGGAAUCAAGGCGCUCUGGAGCCAGCAAUCAGCAUAUUCAGGCAUGAAUUCUUUUUUCAAGAAUCCCGAGAUUCGUUCGAUGAUGAUGCAUGGCACGAAAAACGCAGGACAUGAGCGAUUAAAGGUAAGCAGGUACAAAGCGGUUAAGAGUGCGUCGACGAAAAGCUCAAAGAACGGGGUGUCUCCGCUAAGGGCGCAACUCUCCAAGGACAGGCCCACAUCAAGCAGUGUCAACGCCAUACCAGGACAAGGCAAGCUCCGCACCCCUGGUCUCGUCGUCUCUCUGUCCUCACCGCCGCUCAAAUACUGCUCAUCCGGAAGACCUGGGCACAUGCACGGAAUCAAGGCGCUCUGGAGCCAGCAAUCAGCAUAUUCAGGCAUGAAUUCUUUUUUCAAGAAUCCCGAGAUUCGUUCGAUGAUGAUGCAUGGCACGAAAAACGCAGGACAUGAGCGAUUAAAGAGACACGCGCAAAUCUUCACGACAAUCAUGGACGAACUUAUUGCGAACCUCGACAACCCGACAGCAACAAGCCCGUCCCUACGGGAAUCCGGAGAGAAGCACGUUUUCCAGACCAGAGAUCAAUACGGCUGCCCGUUUCGUGCCACCCUGCUUGACCAGUUCGCAUCAGCGAUGAUUGAACGGACAUUGGAAUGGGGCGAGAAGAAAGACAGAACCGAGGUCACGCAAACGGGUUGGACAAAGAUCGUGCUUUUCGUAGUGGAGCAGAUCAAAGAAGGUUUCCAUGACGAGGUCAAACGACAACGGCGAGUCAAACCGCGACAUCUCGGGCAUCGCUCUGACUACGCUUCACUUUCCGAAACGUCCAGCCACUCCCUUCCACGGAAUGUGCCGGAAAUCAAGCGAUUCAACACUGUCGACAAUCUCUGA